AUGCUCCAACAGGCAAAACUGCGUCGACUGAGUUUUUAUUUUUUCCACACCAGGAGUGAUAUUUACAAGAGUGUCCAAGUGUCCAAAAAGAGGAUGUGGGUGCUGCUGCUCUUGUUCCUGAGUGUGUGGAUGGAGAACAUCAGUCCUGUUGGUGUGGACUCCAGUGGGGCAUCUGUGUACCAGCGGUGUCCCCUGAAUGUGACUCUCCCACCAGGGGGCGCUGUGACCCUCUCCUGCCUCUCAGGCUGCAAUGGGACGUGUGUGACGGAGCAGGGGGCUGCAGACUGCCGGUUGGAGUCAGGACGAGCUCAGCUCCACAUAGACACUGUGGCACCAGAGCAUGCAGGAGACUACAGCUGCAGCAGUGACCAGACAAGGCUCUUUACUGUAGACAUCCACUCAGAUGGUUGUGUUAGUGCCCUCCAGCAUGAGGUGGUGUUUGUGGGUGAUGCCCUCCAGACAUUAACCACCUCCAGUGCCAUCCAGUGCCAACUAGCCUGCACCCUCCACGCCACCUGCCAGCUCUUCUCCUUCCAGGAGGAACAGGAGAGUACACCAAGUAUCUGCACUCUAAUGACCAGAGACUCAACUCAGCACUUCUCUGUUAACGCCUCUGUUGGAACAACAUCAGGGUUCUCCCUGAGGAACUGCCCUGGUACAGAGUACAGUGUGUCUGGGGAGAGUGUGAAGGUCUUCAGGUUGGUGAAGGAGGAGAUGUCCUGGGAAGCUGCUGCGAAGUUCUGCAGGGAUACAGAAGGAGACCUGGCCAGCAUCCUGAGCUGGCAGGAACACAGCGCCUUCUGGGAAGCAGCACAGGCAUCAGUAGAGUAUUACUCCAUCUGGAUUGACCUGACUCCCAAUGGGCUCCGCAGCAGCUAA